GAGAGUCUGUCAGCUCACUCAGUAGAGCGCUAUAGCUGCUCUUGAUCGUCGGUUUCAGGAAGUCUCUCAGGUUCGAAGGGACGUAGAACAAAUCACACGAUGUACGGCCGACCGCGCUUCCUGCCUCGCAUUUACCACCGGAACUACCUGAUCGGCAGUGCAUUGUACACAGAUGCUAUCACCGAUUUGAAUAUCAGACGGGGUCGUCCAGCUUACUGCUCUUCGUCGACUUCAUCGUAUGGCUACAGCUAUCCAGACAGAUUCAACGUGUUCCGCGAUGACAUGCGUCUCCACGACGAUAUCUACUCGAAGACCUCGUCUCGACUCGUGAGAGAUAGACUCCGACACAAGAGCGACGUGCACGACAGGCUCGUGGGAUGGCAUUCCCCGAAUUACAUGCCCCUCCAUUCCGUUCGCGGAUACCACCUGAACGAUGUGCCCUUCUCCCGGAGGAUGUACCCCAUCGAACCAGUGAAACUGCACUCCCAGCAUGCGGCGCACGGAAAAUUCAUGGAAAACCGAAGGCUCCGCUUCAUGCACGAGUUAUGGCAGCACGAACGUGACGAGGAAGGCCGUCACCGAAUCCGCUCUUUCUACAACAAGAGCGGAGCGCCUCCUCAGAUCCCGCACCACAGACUAUUCACUCGACCUCCUGCCGUGUACCAGUUAUUCUAUUAGGUAAUUCCGGGAUGCGUCGGUCGAGAAUCCAACUUUCUUUGGGGCUCAGACAGUGUUGCGAGUCGUGACCGUGUUUGCCAUACCCCUCCAUCCUACGCGAGGGGAAAUAUUCAUUGUGAAUUUAUGCAUGUUCAAUAAAAAAAUUGGAAAAAAACAGAGGUCGAAACCUACAUCCAGAGAUCGCAUCA